UCAAAACUUUCCCUCCAAAAUAUUUCCAGAAUUGAAAACGCUCCCCUCUGUUGCUUUGUACUUCACAUUAUUCUCAUUUAAUUUUCUUCUAUCACCGUCUUCCCAUUUCCCUUCUGCAAUCUAUCUGCAGCCUGGAAAAUCUCAAUCACCGAUGAGGACAGUCUUAAAGUUUAAGCCCUUCGUAUUCUCUCCCUUCCAUAAAUCCAAAUCUUCCCCUCCUUUACGCAUCGCCGACGUGCUUUUACUCCAAGAACACGAAGAAGAAAGCCUCCUUCUCAUGGACGGUUGCAGGGGGUUAAACUGCGCCUCCUCGUUCCGGUUCGCUGCUCGCUUGCUGUCUGGGCUUACGGGUGGGAAGGUGAAGCGGAGGAUUGUUGGGGAUAGAAAAGAAGAGGACGAUGACGAGGCACCACAUGAUGGUACCGACGGUCAUGACUCGUCAACAGAAAGAUGUAGAAGGGAAGUUGAUUUCAAUGUGGGAAUAGGGUGCUGUUUGCUACGUAUGAUUGCCGAGAGUAAAAAUGAACUUCAAAAGAUGACGGAAUUGAGAAUCCAAAUGGAAGGUGUUCUUCAAAAUGCUAAAGAGGAACUGGGAAAUAAAGAUUUAAUAGUUGCUAAGAAGAUUGAAUCAAACGAUGGCGUCCAGGAAGGUUUGUGGUUUAACAGCAAUCCGAGACCAAAUAAGGUGUUGUUUGAUCAGUCUGUGAAAUGUGAUGAUGUACCUGAUGAUUGUUUAGAGGGAAUGGAUAGACUUGAAGCAGAGCUUGAAGCUGAGUUAGAACGUUUACAACUCCAUUUGGAUUCAGGCAACUUGCCCACAAACCCACCUCAGGAUACUGUAGAGGAGAGUACAAUUAACAGCACUGUUUCCUCGAGAAGCUAUGGUAUAAGCUGUGGAGAAGUAAUUGACCCUGCAAGUGAUUGUCAAGAAGAAGACUGUUCGGAGUCGCAGUCUGGGGUUCCUCCAUUUGAACUCGAGAGAAAGUUGCAUGAAUUGCUCGAAACGAGGCAGCAGGAACAGAUAAGAGAAUUAGAAGCUGCUUUGGGACGUGCAAGGCAAGAACUUCGAGAAAGGGAAAGAGAGAUUUCCUGGUGGAAAGACACUGCCCAUCUUUUGUCAAGGAGUGUUAAAGAACCUUCACGACUUGAUUUCCACCAUGGUCAACAUACUCACCACUUCUCGAGGUGAGAAAAAUUUGCUACGGCACUUCUGAGAGUUACCAUGUAGCUGAAAAACCACCACCAUGACAGUUGUUGGUGUUUAAAGAUUAAGUUGCUCCCCUUUGUAUUUGUACUCUUUGUUUUUUGCUUCAUGUAUUGCCGUGUUGGGUUGGGCAUGUCUAGUUGACUAGGUUGCAAAUGUAAUGAUAAGUGAGAAAACAGGGAACUAGUAUACAGAUUGAAGCCAUAUAGUUUGUGGAUGAAUGGUCUGCAUAAAACUGAUUUUGUUUUA